GAGUUUCACGUGUAGUGUGGUGUAGUGUGUGUAUCGUGUCAUGGAGCGUUUCGGAGCUCUCUGCUUUGUGCUAACCUUCGUCUCGGUCUGCCAAACGGUCCCACAAGAUCAGAUCGUGACGGCAGUUGAUGGCAGACUCGGUAUUGGACAAAUAACCGGCGGCAAGUUUGGGCCUGGAAGCUUUAGUAUUGGUGCGCCUGGGCAAAAGAUUCCAUCGAAAUUUGAAACUGAAGAUGGCGAACCGGUGGCUAUAUUAAAACCCAAACCGCAUCGUAACCGAAACCAAAAACCAACUAAACAACAAGAUCGUCCAAAUAUUCAAAACAUGGAAGAUAAUGCAGAUAUAAAUCCGGAUAAACAUCAAAAGGUUCAUGUCGAGUCAGGACAUGGAGGCAAAGGAGGUGAGGGCGGCAAAGGAGGUGGUCAAAUUACGAUAGGCAAAGUUGUCAUUGCUAACAACAACGAAAACCAAGAAAAUAAAAGAAAAAAUGACAACCAGCAACCUGUAACUGUAUUAGAAGCAAUAUCUUCUAAUAAUGGACCAAUAAACAUGUCUAAAGGUAAACCAGCAAGUAUUGCAAUGAAGCCAAUAACUGAAGGUCACAUUGAAGCAGGAGCAAUGAGAGUAAAUAACCAAAAUGUGAGACCAGGAAAUAAUAUUCCUAAGAAGACCUUCAAUAAUUUUAAUAAUGAAGGUGCAGGUGUAACAGGACAUGGGUCACAUGAUAAUGGUAAUGAUAAAGAACAUGUCUACACUGGAGGUCCUAACGAGCGUUGGGUGUGGCAGUAGAGACUAGAGACGCAUCAUGUAGAGGUCAAGUUGACUACAUUCUCUACAAACUCCAUAUCAUUGGGAGCAUUGUUAAUCAUAGUCGAUGUAGUUUACAACGGAGUAAGAUAUAUGAGAUUCAAAAUUGAUUCUAGCAUGUACACAGUAUUAUAUUUAUGAAAUUGUUGUUUAAUUAUCUGUAUGUUUAAUUACUAUUACUUUAAUAAAAUUGUUUAUU